AAGAAUCAAGCAUCCAAGCAAGCUCAGAAGGAAAUGUGGCAGCUGUAAUUCAGUGGAGAACAGUGUUCAAAGCUUAGGCUAAUUAGCGGAGCCACACAUCGGCCAAAUGGGACUAGAGGGGGAAUUUAAAGAGGCACCAUGGAACUGAUGAAGUGUUUUGGAAUCACGACGAUAAAUGUUAGAGAACGGUACGGAUCAGGUCAGACUUUGGAGCUCGUCCCGUGAUUCUCCACGUUUAGCAGACUGCCUGCAUUCGUCCUGUUGGAAAUCUCGCCGAGGCAAAGAAGACAGACAAAAGCUGGAAACAAUAACUGAACAAAAAACUACCCACCAAAACUUUACGCAAUCUGAAGAAUCCUCACCCACAAGGUUCAAAGUCAGUUGCCAACUUUAUUAAGAACCCACUUGAGCAACUAGCUCACUAAUAAUGAGGUCGCUAGUACUUAAAGCUGCAUUUCAUUUAAUGGACCCCGUUUCACAACGCAUUCUUUGGUAUAGAGUUUGAUGAUUAACGAUUUUAGUGUCUCGUGUAAGGUAAAAAGCAGGGGCAGAAGUUGAUGAUGCCUUUUUUUUAAGUGUAAUAGUCUACCUUUAAGACACUGAAUUUGGAGGUUUCAGUAUAGUUCAUUUCUAAAGAGAAACGGCUAAUGACAACCACGGCUUGUGUCUUGGAAGCCUCCUCAACGACAGCGUUUGAUGCCCAACUGCUUUUUGAGAGUUCGAUCAAGAGGAGCGAAGAUCCAUCUCUUUGGAGGAGUCGGAAAAGGAGAUGACUGCCGGGGGGGUUCGGUCUGUGCCUGUGGAGUUCAGAAUGUUCCUACAGAGGGCUCAAGAAGUAUUUUGAAAUCCAGAAGCAAUGUCUGGAGCUCCAAGAAACUGACCCAUGAGAAGUCUGAUAAAUGAUGGGCAUAAUUCCAACGUGGACAGUUUAUGUAUCCUCCACGAGAUAAAUUACUUCUCCCUUUCCUUCUGCCCUACCGUCCGGCGAAACACAUCACCUGCAUCCAGAACAACAUAACCUUACAGUGUAUUCUUAGUACAGUGCUUUGCACACUGUAAGCGCUCGAUGAAUACGAUUGCAUGAAUAGCCCGUGCCAAGAGCACAACGGAAAUCCCCAGCAUUUUUUAAUAUCUACCGGAUCUUGAAUAUGUUGAAAAAUCACCAAAGAAAGAUGGCCACCUAGAAGCGGAGAAGAAACUGAUAUUUCAUUCAUUCAAUCAUAUGCAUUGAGUGCUUACUGUGUGCAAAACACUGUAUCAAGCGCUCGAUAUUUCAAAUGAGGUCAUCGUCCAGUGGGCCAGCGAUGCGCUCCAACCCACAGCAGAGGGGAGGUGGAAUGAACACCAAAUGAUCAAAGAGGAUCCACUUUGCCAGAGAAAGAGAACCGUUCUCCUUGUCCCAACUUGAUAGGUCCAAACAAGGUUCUCCACGGUGCCAGGAAAGGACGCGGUGAAGUCGGAAGAAGUGAAUCCCGUCUCCCGUGGGGGUGACUGCUGCUGCCGCAUCGGCUGGACAGCCGGGGAUCGGAGAGACCCCGGCCAUGGAAAGCCCGGGGGAGCCGUGCGCCAGUCCGGACAGCGGCGGGGAGAGCGGGACUCCUGGGACCAGCUCGCCGCCGGUGGGUCGAGGCAUCCGUCCCGGGGGUGACCGGGAUCCCGUCCAGGGGGCGGACGACGACGACGACGACACCGAGCCGCCGCCGGAGCAGGAGGGGGAGGAGGAGGAGGAGUUGGGAGAGGUGAUGGAGGGCCAGGAGCCCGACCUGGUCAUCGAGGUGUCGGGCCGACGGGUGCGGGCGCACAGGGCGGUGCUGGCCGCCAAGAGCGACUACUUCAGGGCGCGCCGGUCGCGGGAGGUGGUGCGGGUGAAGGGGGUGAGCUGGGCGGCCCUGCGGCUGCUGCUGGGCUACCUCUACAGCGGCCGGCUGGGCCCCGUGAGGCCGGACACGGCGGCCGAGCUGGUGGGCGCCGCGCGGGUCCUGCAGGUGCCCUGCGCCCUGCCCCGCGCCACCGACGCCCUGCGGGCCCAUCUCGGCCUGGACAACUGCCUGCAGCUGCUCGCCCUGGCCAAGGAGCAGCGGCUCCGGGACCUGCGGGAGGCCACCUACCGCUUCAUGAGCGACCAAUUUCUCCGCGUGCUGCGGGAGCCCGGCCUGUACGGCCGCCUGGGAGCCCAGGAGCGGGACCUCAUCCUCCGACGCCGGACGGACGGAGCCCGCCGGUGCCUGCUGCUCGCGGACCUGCCCGACCGGGCCUUGGAGCCAGGGAGCCGGAGCCGGCCGCAGAGCCGGCCGCAGAGCCCGCGCCGGAGCCCGUCCCGGAGCCGGCCGGGGAGCCCGUCUCCGGCCGACCCCGCCGACGCCGGCUCCCGCAUCUUCGCCUUCCAGCCGGACACCCGGGACUGGCGCUGCCUGACCCGCCUCCCCGAGGGGGCCGGCGGCAGGGGCUGCGCCCUCUGCGUCCUCUACAACUACCUCUUCGUGGCCGGGGGCGUCCUGCCCGGCGGGGAGGGGGACGGGGCCUCCAACGGGGGCCCCUCGAACAAGGUCUUCUGCUACAACCCGGCCUCCGACGACUGGAGCGCCGUGCGUCCCAUGCUGCAGGCCCGGGCCCAGCUGCGGCUGCUGGCCCUGGACGGCUACCUCUACGCCGUGGGGGGCGAGUGCCUGUUGAGCGUGGAGCGCUACGACCCCCGCGCCGACCGCUGGAGCGCCGUGGCGCCGCUGCCCCGGGGCGCCUUCGCCGUGGCGCACGAGGCGGCCACGUGCCGCGGGGCCAUCUACGUGUCCGGCGGCUCCCUCUUCUACCGCCUGCUGAAGUACGACCCGCGGCUGGACGAGUGGCAGGAGUGCCCGGCCAGCGGCGGCCGACACCGCCGCUCGGCCGACAUGGUGGCCCUAGACGGCUCCCUCUACCGCUUCGACCUGGCCGGGGCCGCGGCCGGAGCCGUCGGGGGCCCCGGCGUCGACGUGUCCCGCUACCACUGCCUGGCCAAGCGCUGGACCCCCUGCGCCACCGACCUGCGGCUCCCCGGAGGCCCGCCCGGCCCGCCGACCUUCCGCUGCGCCGCCCUGGACGGGGCCAUCUACUGCGUCGGCCGGGCCGGGGCCUGGCGCUUCCGCCCGGGCCCGGACGACGACCGGCCCGGCGCCCACGACGGGGACCGGCGGGCCGGCUUCGAGCCCGAGCCCCUCCCCGUGCCCGGCGACGCCAGGGGCCUCCUCCUCCCCUUCGUCCUCGCCCUGCCCGACCGGCCCGACCGAGACCAGCCGGACUCCGGCGGCGAGGCCCCCGGGAGCGGGGAGUGAGGAGCCGGACCCUCGGCCGGCCCCCGGGGUGCCCGGGGAGGCCGAUGGGACCGAGGGAGAGAGGGAUGCGCAUCAGGCCGGCCCUUCAGACG